AUGGAGUCUCAGCUGUCUGUACAGCCGCGGCGGUGUUGCAGCUGCAGCUGCUGCUGCAGCAACAGCAGCAGCAACAGCAACAGCGCUGCAGCCGAUGGGGCAGUUAGUGACGCGGAGUUUUCUACAGCAGCAACGACAGCAGCGACAGCGACCGCUGCAGCAGCAGCAGCAGCAGCUGCAGCAGCAGCAGCAGCUGCUGCUGCAGGGGGAGCACCUAGCGAUGAGAAUCGCGCGGUUUCUCUCUCUUUUGCUGCUGAUGCUGCUCUAGAGCUGCCAGAAUGUAUUGUUGCUACUAGAGAUAUUUCUGCGGAUUUAUCUUAUAUUCACUCGUCUUUGCACGAACUCAAGCGGGAGUUAACCAGCAAUAAACAGCUGCUGAGCUGCAUAUGCCGCAACAUGGAUGCAGCAGCAGCAGCAGCAGCAGCAGCAGCGCACCAGCAGCAGCAGCAGCAACACAGAGAAGGAGACACAGAAAGCUUUCGUAUCUUCACUCCUUUAGCACUCAGCAGACAGUCGAGCGCUGCUUCCCUCCCAGAGGCCCCAGAAGAAAACAGCAGCAGCAGCAGCAGCAACAGCUUUUUUUGCUCGGACGAAGCAGCAGCAGCAGGGGCUGCAGCAGGGGCAGCAGCAGGAGCAAGAGCUGGUGCAGCAGCAGGAGCAGCAGCAGGAGAAGCAGCAGGAGAAGCAGCAGGAGAAGCAACGGGAGCAGAUGAGGAAGCAAGACUCGAAGCAGCAGCAGCAGCAGGAGCAGAAGCAGGAGCAGCAGCAGGAGCGGAGGCAGGUGCCGCUGCGGGCGCCGGUGCAGCAGCAGCGGAAGCAGCUGCUGUAGCAGCCGAAUCAGCAGCAGCAACAGCAGCAGCAGCAGAAGCAGCAGCAGCAGCAGCUUCGUCUCCUCGUUGCACGAUAGAAACAGCUAGCAUUCGAGUUGCAGAGAGCAGAAGAAAGUUUAAUAGCCGAAGUCAUUACUUCCCGAAAGUCCAAACAGCAUCAGGCGAAAAGGAGUGGGAAGAAUAUAUCUCCACCAACAAAGGGCUCAGCAAAGACAGCACCUAA